AUGAUGAUUACUACCGCCGCUCCCCCCCUCGCUGCCCCCGCGAAGACGAACUGGAAACCACCACUGAAGGGGAACGACGCAAGGGGCAGGUCGCUGCAAAACGCGGACGACGAUAAGGACGACUCGCACGGGGGAAAGAACACCAGCCAGUACUUCAAAUGCUUCGUAGACAGGGCGAGGGAGAACCCGGGCGCGAAGGAAGGGGACCUGGCCAGGUGGGUCGACCCCCAACACAACUCCUGCUACUGCAGCGAGGAAGACGCAGAGCCGUGCUCCGUGGAUGAUAUUAGCAACUCUAAAUUUGCAAAGCAUUUGAUGCGAAAGGAAAUCUGCGAUCUGAAUGAAAGGGGAAAUAAAAACAACCUGUUCAUCGUGUUGGGGAAUUACUUCACCAUUAAGUGCUCCAAUUUGGAGAGCACGACGGAGAGGAUCAGCCAGGAGGACCUCUACAGCUACUGCAAGAGUGGGCUGCCCGCCUGGGAUAACAAGCACUUUUACGAGUAUGGCAACUGCGACCGGGUGGGGAGCAAAAGGGGGGUUAAGAAGCGGGAUGUGGGGGACCCCGCCCCUUCCUGCGCUGACCUCUGCAGGGACAUCAAAGCGCUGUGCAACUCGAAGAGCUCCCAGUUUUACUCCUUCGAGAUGUGCGCCAAGUACUACGAAAUAAACCAAUUCACGGCGGACAUCUUCAACAAUACCUUCAAGAAGUUUCGGGAGAACUGCUCCUACUUUGACCCCACCAACAGGGGCCUACUCCUGUGCAAGCACAAGCACAUCCCAUGCGAAUUUAGCAACUGGACUGAGUGGAGUGCCUGCUCCAAGUCGUGUAAGGACAGCAGUUACGACGCGGAAGCGAUCCGCAGUAGAAAGAGGCACCUAGUAAAGGAAGUGAAGUACGCCGGCAAGGCAUGCAGCAUAGUAGUGAACGAUAAUAACAAACUCACAGACGUAGAUUUCUGCGAUGAGGUCCCUCUUUGCACUUCCAUCGAACCGUCUAGCGAUGCACCUAACCAUCGCAACCAUGCUGUUGAGACGUCUGCCUCGGAGAAGAUAUAUAACCCUCCAUUUGUGAUACCACUUAAGGAGAUAGAAAAGGCAAAUAUCCUAAACGAUUUGAACCAACCAGAUGGAGAUGUAAUAAACGACCACUUUGUAAGUAACGACUCCACUACCCUAACGCACUGCACCGUCACCGACAUGAGUCAGUUUGAACAUGCGAGAGAGUACAGUGAGAAGGUAAAGUCUUGUGCCUGCCCUGCCUACCACUCCCCAUGCUACUUCAAAGACGUAUACAAAUCAGAUUCAUGGAAAGACUCUUUCGAUCGGCACUGCGCAGCCAACCCCACCAUAAACGUGCUCACGGCAGAUUUCGUCAUGCUCAGAUGUGAUAGCUCUGUUAGCAUUAGGAAGAAAGAAAUUGCCAUAAACACUUACAUCGCUAUGACAUUUGACUGUCGCUCUCCUACCUUUCGAUACCUCUUCUGCUCUAAGUCCAGUGAAUCUUCUCGCACUGGUAUUUUUUACAUCAUAUUUACGUGUGCCCUUGCGCUGAUCUCCGCUCUGUACCUCCUGCAGCUGCUCAUCAGCGAGCGCGACAAGUGGGCCUUCCUCAUCGCCGGCGUCCUUCGCUCCAAGCGCCCACCCCGGCCGGACCACCCCUCGCCCGGGCCCUCCUCCGAGGGGGGUGGAGACGAGCCGGGCGAGGAGGGCGGCAACGAUGCCAGCAACGAUGCCAGUAAUCAGCCCAGCAACGAACCCUGCAACGAACUCAGCAACGCUGGGGAGGGAACGCUACUAGCGCAGACGCUCACCAAAGGGGUAACCCUCAAGAGGGGGGUAACUCUUAAGAGGGGUGAGACCCCCCUCCCCAUGGGCUAA